UCUAGACGCAGAAGCCUACCUUUUCGGGCCUACUGGUUACGGCAACCUUUUACGCAUAGCCAAGGGUAUUCCCAGCUGUCUUGAUGUGAGCUCUUUCGCCCUGAACUGCUUGCCGUGCCAAGCUCCACGGGCUGCUUUCUACUCUCGGUUCGAUCGUCUCAAUCAGUGUCUCAGUCUGGCUCAAACCUGCAAGACUGGUGAUCGCAGCAUGGUGGCCUUCUACCGACGAGGAUUGUUUCAACUCUUCCAAGAACUCGCAGAUUGUCUUUUAGAGUUGCCCCUAGCCUUCGGCUCGCCCGAGGACAUAAGCAUGCUAAAAUCCGUGAUCUUCGGCUUUAACGAACUGCUGGGGCGGACGCCUGUCCUAGCGUACGACUUCCUCUGGUUCUCACCCUCCUCCUCAGCCGCCACCGCCAUCACAUCUCCUUCGCAUUCUAAUGAAGAAGGAGGUAGUCUAAACUACCUGGGGCGUCAACGGCGUCCCAAGAUGGCCCUUCUCUGUUGGCAUUUUCUCAGUUUGUUGAGCUCAUCGCCCCUCUUCGCCUCUGAUCUCCAGCUUCAUGCGGACCUCCUUUUAAUGGUGUCCGGAUGCAUUCAACGUGAGACUUCUGUACUUUGA